AGGAGGAUUGCUUGGGCCUGGGAGGUUGAGGCUGCAGUGAGCCAUGAUCACACUGUGCUCCAGCCUGGGUGACAUAGCAAGUCCCUGUCUAAAAGAAAGAAAGAAAUAAAUAAAAGAGUGAGAGAAAGAAAAGAAAUAGAAAGAAGAGAGACUGAUGCGACCCCUGCAGAGGGACGUAGUCGUGGAGAAGGCAGUGAUCUUAAAGGGGAAGUGUGAGUUGAGUGCACCCUCCUGCCACAGUCAAGAAGAGGGUCCCUCACUCAGAAAACACUGACUGGGCAGCUGCAAUGAGAGAGUGCUUCAAUUUAAUAAUUGAACAAACUAUGGCAAAAAAGGAAAUCAAGCCAUUAAAAAUUAAUUGCAUACAAAUAGCCAAUAAGCACAUGAAAAUAACUCAGUGUCGUUAGCCACCAGGAAAAUGCAAACCAAAACCACAAUGACAUACGACUCCACACACACUAGGAUGGUUAUAAUCAAAAGAUGGACAGUAGUAAGUGUUGGCUAGGAUGUAGAAAACUUGGAAGCCUCAUUCAUUGUUGGUGAGGUGUAAAGUGGUGUAGAUGCUUUGGAAAAGAGUCUGACAGCUUUUUAAAAAGUUAAGCCCAGAUUUACCAUAUGACCCAGCAAUUCCACUCCUAGGUACAAUCCCAAGACAAAGGAAGACCUACGUCCACACAAAGGCUUACAUGUGACUAUCCACAGCAGCGACUAUUCAUAGCAAGAAUAUUUACUGCCAGAAGGUAGAACAACCUCAAAAUCCAUCAACUUGUGAAGGAACAAAAAAAAAAAAAAAGCCUUUCGGCCGGAACCGCCAUCUUCCAGUAAUUCGCCAAAAUGACGAACACAAAGGGAAAGAGGAGAGGCACCCGACAUAUGUUCUCUAGGCCUUUUAGAAAACAUGGAGUUGUUCCUUUGGCCACGUAUAUGCGAAUCUGUAAGAAAGGUGAUAUUGUAGACAUCAAGGGAAUGGGUACUGUUCAAAAAGGAAUGCCCCACAAGUGUUACCAUGGCAAAACUGGAAGAGUCUACAAUGUUACCCAGCAUGCUGUUGGCAUUGUAAACAAACAAGUUAAGGGCAAGAUUCUUGCCAAGAGAAUUAAUGUGCAUAUUGAGCACAUUAAGCACUCUAAGAGCCGAGAUAGCUUCCUGAAAUGCGUGAAGGAAAAUGAUCAGAAAAAGAAAGAAGCCAAAGAGAAAGGUACCUGGGUUCAACUGAAGUGCCAGCCUGCUCCACCCAGAGAAACACACUUUGUGAGAACCAAUGGGAAGGAGCCUGAACUGCUGGAACCUAUUCCCUAUGAAUUCAUGGCAUAAUAGGUGUUAAAAUAAAUAAAUAAAUAAAAGACCUCUGGGCUGUAAAAAAAAAAAAAAAAAAAAAACCCAA